CGAUUUUCAAGCGCUUCUGAGAAGUUUACUAAAUUUCCCCGCCAGUGUUCAUAUUUUUAAAAAAUUCUUGUCAUAAAAAUAACCAAAAUAAAGUAUGCGUUUCCUCAACGCUUUAGCUUUACUCUGCGCGGUGCUAAUUCCGCCCAGCGCCUUAGCUGCCGAUAAGAACUUGGUGUGUUUCUACGAUUCAGCGAGUUAUCUGCGUCAAGGUUUCGCCAAAUUGCUGCCCACGGAUCUUGAACUCGGCCUUAACUUCUGCUCACACCUUAUCUACGGCUAUGCUGGCCUUAAACCGCAAACACACGAGGUCUACAGUCUCAAUGUCGAUCUUGAUAUGUUUCAUUAUCACGAAAUUUUGCUGCUGAAGGCGAAAUACCCGAAGAUGAAGGUGUUUCUAAGCGUUGGCGGUGAUCGUGAUGUGGACGAAGCGAAUCCGCUCAAGUAUCUAGGUCUCUUGGAGAGCGGCAAAGAGGGCCAACAGAAUUUCAUUGAUAGCUCUAUUGCGUUGCUGAAACGUAACGGUUUUGAUGGCUUGGAUUUGGCCUUGCAAUUGCCACGCAACAAACCGCGCAAAGUGCAUGGCACUGUAGGCUCUUACUGGAAGAAAUUUAAGAAGCUCUUCACUGGCGAUUUCGUUGUGGAUCCGCUGGCUAGUGAGCAUAAGGAACAGUUUACCGAUUUUUCAAAGAAUUUGCGUGAUGCCUUGCAGCGUGCGAAUCUCUCGUUGGCGUUGACUGUUUUGCCGAAUGUCAAUUCGACUUGGUAUUUCGAUGUGCCCAAAGUCCAAAAUAAUUUCGAGUUCAUCAAUCUACUGGCCUUCGACUUCCUUACGCCGACACGCAACCCCGAUGAAGCUGAUUAUACGGCACCAAUCUAUCCGCUCACGGAACAAAAUCGUCUACCACACUACAAUAUCGAAUACCAAGUCGACUACUGGUUGAAGAAUCAAUGUCCCGGCACCAAAAUCAAUCUCGGCAUUGCCACAUAUGGACGCGCAUGGAAGCUAACACCGGAUUCGGGCUUAUCAGGCGUACCUGUGGUCGCGGAAACCGAUGGACCCGCACCAGCUGGUCUACAAUCACAAAUAGCCGGCUUGCUGAGCUGGCCGGAGAUUUGCGCAAAAAUGCCGAAUAACGUGAAUGCCGACUAUCGUGGUGAGAAUGCGCCCCUGCGCAAGGUAACCGAUUUGGAGCAGCGUUACGGCAAUUAUGCCUUGCGGCCGGCGGAUGAGAAUGGUGAACAUGGCAUGUGGGUGAGCUACGACGAUCCGGACUUCGCAGCGAUCAAGGCGAGCUACGUGCGCACGAAGGGACUGGGCGGUGUGGCGCUCUACGAUUUGAGCUAUGACGACUUUCGCGGCUUGUGCACGGGUCUGAAGUUCCCCAUACUGCGUGCGAUUAAGCAUUUCUUAUAAGUUUAUUUGGUUAGGCUAAGUUGUACAUAUACAUAUAUGUGUUUAUUUUUGUUAGUGGUUUUAGAAAAUGUAAUAAAAUAUAAUAUGUAGAAAUUGC